AAUGUUUCUUCAGGUUUAAAUGUGUAACAACGGUGGUUUAUUGACUGUUUAAUAUCUGUGAAAGUGCACAAAUGUGGGAAAACGAAACAAAGUCGCUGGACGUAACUUCUUGGGAUCCUCCAGAGUCCACUGAAAAAAUUUCAGUCAAUGACCACCAUUAUACUGAGAUUAUAUUUCAUCCCAUACCAUCUCAUCUCAUUUUAUUUAAUUUCAUCUCAGUUGAUUAAUGUCUCAAAUUAAUCAUCUUCAUUUCAUUUCACUCCAUAUUCUUAUUUUUCAUAUUUUUCAUAAAAAUAAGAAUAUAAUUUAAAAUAAGACAUGACUUGAAGGUCUUAGUUACCAGGUCAUAAAAUCCCUUUAAAAAAAAAUUACGUAGAGCAUUUCAUUGUGAUAAAACAAUCAACUAAAUUGCACUAAAACGUUGGUCUCAGUAAAAUGUAAUAAAGUAUUGCAAAUAAAUUAAAAUAAUACAUUCCAAUUUCUGUAACAGACAUAACAGGAAAAAUCAGGAGUCAAGAUGAUGCAGUUUAUGCUAUUAUUUAGCCGUCAAGGCAAAUUGAGGCUUCAGAAGUGGUACGUGGCUCAUCCAGAUAAGCUAAAGAAGAAAAUAACUAGAGAAUUGAUUACCACAGUGCUAGCUCGAAAACCCAAAAUGUGUUCUUUCCUUGAAUGGAAAGAUGUUAAAGUUGUGUAUAAAAGAUAUGCAUCACUAUAUUUCUGCUGUGCUAUGGAACAAGAAGACAAUGAGCUGCUGACCUUGGAGUUGAUCCAUCGCUAUGUAGAACUGCUGGACAAGUAUUUUGGCAGUGUUUGUGAACUGGACAUCAUCUUUAACUUUGAGAAAGCAUACUUCAUACUUGAUGAACUGGUUCUUGGUGGAGAGCUACAAGAAACCAGUAAGAAGAAUGUCCUGAAAGCCAUCGCUGCCCAGGAUCUUCUGCAGGAGGACGAGACUGUGGACGCUGCGCUGCGUGACGUCGGCUUGCUCUAACAUGGUUAACACACGCCACGCGUCGAAGAUCGAAGACUUUCCUGCGCUUCCCAACUGUCCAUGCACACUAUUUAACGCUAAUAUAAUUGUACGAAUUUAAAAAAAAAAACAUUUGGUAAACGUUUACUGACAAUAGUGCCAUGAAACGAGAAAAAAAAUGGAACGUUUUUAGCACUGUAUAUUAAUUUUAUUCGUUUAACAUAGGUUUUUAACUUAAGCGUGUAAGUAUUAACACUUAAAAUGAUUUGAUAAAACCUAUAAUGAAAUUAUGUUAGUAUCUUUAUUUCAAUGAACGAUGUCAUGUGCUUUCCUCAAAUUCUUUUCAAAAUUUAAUGUAAUCUAACGUAUGUAAGUGACUAUUCACACGAUCUCUUCUAUAUUUCACAAUCUACGUAGGUAUUCACCUGUUAAAACCUCAUCUCUGUUCUAAAUCAUCAAUUUUCAAAGACAAAAAUUAAGUACCUACUUUUGUGCGGUAGUCUAUUCAAUCUGAUUAGUCUUGAGUCGUUUGGGUAACAUUGACAGUCUGAGUUCAACAAGCUUGCUUACCGGCACCUAAGUUAGCUAAUAAGAAACAUACGUAUCGAACGUGAUUGAAGAGGAAACGCUAAUGCGGAGAAGUUAGAAGAAUAAAUAUUUCGAGUUUCAUGAUUAAAAACACUAUAGUGCAGCUCGUCUGUAGAAAUGUGAAAAUCGCAAUUUCAUGUUUGUUUCGCUAAAACAGUUCUUAUUAAUGUAUCAGAUUUAAUAAAUAAUAAAAUUUAAAAAAAAAAUUAACAUGUUUAUGGCAAAUAUAUAAUUGCUCUAAUGUUUUUUUUUUAUGAUUGAAGGAUUACUGGUGGCCCGGAGGCCUUUCCAGUUUCACCAGGACAGGUGGGCGAGCAAAGGCUCAGCCAGGAGGGGUGGGAUUUGCUAACAGCUACCCGAGCGCCUCCGAAGGAGACCUAACAGCUCAAGAGCAGCUGUUUCGCGAAUGAAUCUACUACCGGAUCGGAAUCGCGACCCGCUGAGAAGAUCCGGCGAGAAACUCAGCGAGCUGAUUCAUGGGUUAGGUUGCACGGCGAACUCUUUGUCGAGUUCGACGAGUACGGUUACCGAGGUCCCUAAGCCUGCUCCUAGAGCUGAAGGCGUCUAGUGCGAAGUUUAUUGGAUCUGAUGGAUCCGUAAGGACGUGUCUAGGGCGUCGACGGUGACUGGCUCCUGCAUGAUCAGGAUUCGGGGAGUAGUCAGCGGCGGCUACGAUAAGGCGAUUAUCAUGACGCAUAGCCUUAUCGAAGUACCGUUCCGACGCUGACUUCAUGUAUUUCUGUAUAGAUUCGAGGCCCAGGUCGUCGUGUAGGUCAACGUUCCUCACGAACCACGGAGCUCCGACGGCUAACCUGCAAAAGCGGGAUUGUAGAGAUUGAAGGGUGUCUAUGUGCGUGCGGGCCGCGUGAGCGAACACCACACUCGCGUAAGUCAUGACGGGCCUUAUGCAAGUUUUGUAAAGUGUCACCUUGUUCCGAAGGGACAUUUUACUCCGCUUACAAAUCAUGGGGUAGAGUCUACCGAGAAUAAACGCGGCACGGUCACGGACUGAUUUUAUAUGCGGGCGGAAUGUCAUCGAUGCAUCCAGGGUAACGCCCAGGUACUUGACCUUCCUGGCCCAGGGUAUGGAUUGACUAAAGAGAGUAAUCGGGGGUGUGAGAUUCCUCCUCCUAAUACGGGAGGAAAUCCGUGUGGAGCGCUCUAAUGUCAUGAUCGUGGCGAAAUAGAAAAAAAUAUAGGUUUGUAUGCAAUAAAUACAGCCAGCGUUUCCUCUUAACAAUAUUUGUCAACUAUUAUUAGUACUAAUACAACGCGUUAUUAAUGACCGAUUUUUUUGAAAUUUGCAAAGAAAAAAAAUUAACUACCGAGUGACCGAUACUAGUACGCAGUUAGGACGACUUUUUAGGACGAAUUUUAAUUUACUCAACACCAAAAACUAAUGAUAUCGAAGUCAUUUCAAACUUGAACUGUAAACGCUACCCAAAUUGAUUGUAUUACAAUUAAUGGUACGGCAUUAUUAUUUUACAGCUAUCCAAAUUGUGCCACCUAUUUCAUUGAAUAAUAAUAUUAUUGAGAAGAAAAAAACCAUAAAUAUUUUUUGUUUAUUUUUAUACAAAUAAGUGUUUUAUUACAUUGUUUUAAAUAUUAUUUUUAUUGUUACUGAUUUUUUUAGUUUAUUUUACGUAAUUAAUCCGAAUUAAUAUAUCGCAUAGUAGUUUAAUGGUGAUUGUUUAUUUCAUUUUAUUUUAUUAACAAAUAAAUAUUAGUUUUGUAUUCGAAGUAAUGAAAGCCUUGUGCGCGGACUUAUAAAAGAAUUAUCAAUUAAAUCUGAAUAUGUCAGUCCCGAGUAUACCCGGACUCCAGGUAUACUCCGGGUCUCGGAGUAGGUAUUCCUGCUUUGGAAAACAUCUUGACCUAGUCAACUGAAAAUUUAAACUGUCUCGUUGAUUUAUGGUAAUGAAAUUCUACGUAAUACCUAAUACUUGUUUUGACUGAUAAAAGCAUUAGAAGAUUUAAACUACACAAGAUAAGCGUGACUGAAUCCUAAGUUCCUGACUUUGCACGAAAACUAUAAUUAAUAAUAAUAAAAUUAUUCUAUCAAAUAAUGUAAGAUAACGAAAAUUAAACCACAUGACUUUCGAUUAAAAUUUUUUUUCAUGUCCAAAUCAUUUCCUAGUUUUGUAUGGUAUUUUAUGUAAUAAAAUAUGAUGUCAGCA